AUGGCGUCGGCGAGCUUGGAGGAAGAGGACACAGAACUGAACUUUGGAAAGCUUCUAGUGAGGACGUUUAGCUCUAGUGCUAUACCUGAUAGUAAGCGAGAUGCUCAAUGCAAAGUGGAGAGAUUGAAUCUGUUGAACAUCGCAAAUCUUUGCAUUAAAAAUCUCAUCGAUUCAGCUCUGAAACUUGGGAAAGUCAUCGACGAGUCGUUUGAACCUUUUCAGCAAUUUUUUGUAGUGCUCGAAAGCGUUCUACGACAUGGCUUAAGGAUGAAACGCAAUAUUUUGGGUCAAAGGAAGGAUUAUUGGGGACCAUUGGAGGCAUUAGAACAAGUUGCCCCAGAUUCGUCAGAGAUUGUUAAAAGUGUUCAGAAUCUUCCAAAUAUCAGAACUAAUCAUGGUAAAGGACGAGCUUGGGUAAGGUUGGCCUUGAUGCAAAAGAAACUUGCAGAAUACUUGAUGAUUCUGGUAGAAAGCAAAGAAUUGCUGAGAGAUUGGUAUGAGCCUCGUGCUGCAUUAAUGCAAGAGGAAGGUUCAGUGAUAUCUGGUUUGCUUGUGGGGAUCAACAUCAUUGACUGCAAUUUUGAUUUAAAGGGAGACAGCCUUGAUACAUGGUCUGCAGUUUUGGAUCUUAGUUUGUAUCUCAAAGAUGGAAACUAUUUAGAAAAGUCUCUCCCAGAUAAUAAUAAAAAAGGAGAUGACAGUGAGGGAAGUGACUUAAGUGUGUUAAUUGAUCAGAAGACGUACCUGGAGGAAGUGAAUAGAAACUUGAAUACUACAGUAAACACUUUACAGUCAAAGGUAAAGAAUCUGAAAAUGACAAAUGAUGACCUUAGUACUCAGCUUACAUCGUGUACUGAGCAAAUAGUACAACUGAUGCAAGAAAGAGACAUCUUACAGGAUGCAAAUAAUCAAAUGAAUGAAGUCAGUGCCAGGAAACUGCAACUUGCACAAGCAGAUAUCGACGUUGAAAGAGAAACAUACCAAAAAUCAAGGGAAGGUUUGAAUGAGAUGUAUAAUGUGAUCAGAAAGCAAUUGGACACAGAAAUACAACUGAGAAAGGAAACAGAAAAGGAACUGGAUUUGGCCAGAAGUAUGAGAGAGGAGAGUGAAGUUGCCAUGCGGCUUUUAGAAAAAGACAUCCAUGAUAAGCAAGACACGCUGGUCUCCAUUCGAAGGCAACUGGAGGAUGUCAAGAAACUUAACUUAGAGCUUCACAACAAAUUACAGAUGAGUGAGACGUCAACAAAGGACCACAUGGGGAAAUGGACAGAACUGGAAGAAAAAUGUGCGAGACUGAUAAGUCACACCAAGGAACUAGAAAACAGCCUUGGUGAAGUGACAUCAAAGAAAACAGCAGCAGAAAACUUGGCCAGCCAACUUAACAACAAGCUGGCUGACAGCGAAAGUGAAAGAACUGCACUGACAACCAACCUGAAAAUCGAGCGUGAGUGGAGGACAAGUCUGCAAGAAGAAUCCGUUAAAGAUAAAGAGAGGAUAGGUGCCAUGCAGAUGGAAUUAACGCAACUUGAAAAACUUAAAAAGGAAUACCAAGCAUUACAUGAGAAGUACAUGUCACUGAAGAAAUCGUACUCGGAACAGGAAAUGGCACUGGUAGAAAUGGGCUCUCAUUUAUCUAAUUCUCAGCAAAAGGUUGAAGAAAUGAAAGAAGUUACGCAGUCUAUGAAGGACAUGAAAUGGGCUGAAGACAAGGACGCUACUAAAUGUCAACAGUGUAAUCAGCCGUUUUCUUUGGCCAGACGAAAGCAUCAUUGUCGUAACUGCGGUGGUAUCUUCUGUAAUUCUUGUUCGGAUUACACCAUGCCUCUCCCCUCCUCGGCCAAACCCGUCCGCGUGUGUGACUCGUGCUAUACAACGCUACUGCAAAGAUAUCAGAGGUGACAUGAGUUUACUGCACAUGUGGUCAAGUGAUGUCCUGCGACGGUGUUACUGCAACAUGGUUCGGUGACGUGUGAAGAAACGAAUAGAUUCUUUGAAUAAUUCGAACACGUGUUUUAAUUUUGGCGAGAUAGUCACAUCUCUAGUGUAAGCGAGGCAGAG